AUGAACCCGCCUCAGGUAGGGAUGCUCAGCUCAGCAACAAUGGACAAGAUGAGGGUGGGCCAUCAUGGGGGUCCCGUACCAGCUGCAAGCCAAACCCACGCAUCACAUCAGCCCCUCACCAAAACACUGCCCAGUCCCAAACCACUCCACCAGGCGCCAAAGAGCUCCUUCUGCCUGGAGCCUGGGGGAUUGCCUUUUUAG